AUGCUGCCGAUGGCGAAGCCCGCCAUCUCUGGCGCUCUGUGCGCUGUGCGACCCCGUUUCGCCCUUGCUCUCCCGCGUGCUCAACCCUUUGCGGCCCUCUCGACCUCGUCUAUCAAAUCCGCGACAGCGCUCGAGCGUCAACCAUCACCAGGCCAGCAAUUGACCGCUUCAGGCAAGGUUCGGAGGGAGGUUCCUUUGGCCAGUCAGGAGAAGAAGGAGGGUGCUAUGCAAUAUGUCUUGACCACCCUCGAUCAGGUUGCCAACUGGGCUCGUCAGAGUUCCUUGUGGCCCAUGACCUUCGGUCUUGCAUGCUGCGCUGUUGAGAUGAUGCACUUGUCUACCCCCCGUUACGAUCAGGAUCGUCUGGGAAUCAUUUUCCGUGCUUCUCCCCGUCAGUCGGAUGUUAUGAUUGUGGCCGGUACAUUGACGAACAAGAUGGCCCCCGCCCUCCGCCAGGUUUAUGACCAGAUGCCCGACCCCCGGUGGGUUAUCAGCAUGGGCAGUUGCGCCAACGGUGGUGGUUACUACCACUACAGUUACUCCGUUGUUCGAGGCUGUGACCGUGUUGUGCCGGUUGAUGUCUACGUUCCUGGAUGCCCACCCACUUCCGAGGCACUGAUGUAUGGUAUCUUCCAGCUGCAGAAGAAGAUGAGACACACCAGAAUCACACGUAUGUGGUACCGCCGUUAA